UUUUCCCGAUUUCACUUGAAGGGCCAUUUUGGGAAUUGGGCAAAUCGGUUAAAUUUCUUGAAAAUUCCGAAGCUAAUCUCCAACUUCAACGCGUACAACCCAUUUUCUUCCCUAGAGCAACGAUUUUUGCCUCAUUUCUUAGGUAAAUCUCAGCCACCAUUUGGCCGUCGAUUGAGAUCGAAGGUACAAAAAUGGAGUUCCCUGAGUGCCCAGUUUGCCUGCAAACGUACGACGGCGAGUCCACAGUUCCUCGUGUUCUCUCUUGUGGUCAUUCAGCUUGCGGAAGCUGCCUCGAGAAUCUCCCUCGGCGAUUCCCCGAAACCAUUCGAUGUCCCGCCUGCAACGUUCUCGUGAAAUUCCCCUCUGAAGGCGCUUCGGCUCUCCCUAAAAACAUCGAUCUCCUAAGACUUCGCCCCGGGCAGAACGCCGAUGAACAAAUUUCGAAGAAACCCGCCAAACGACCCAUCGAUCAAUCCCACGAGUUGUUUCCUCGGCUUUGGUCUGAUGAAUUCUACAGAGCUUGGAAGCACUGGGUUCUGCCACACGACGCCGUUUCGAUCGACCGGCGUGAUGGUGACGACGGAGUCGAGAGGUUGUUGCUGGGAAGAAUCGGUCCCGUUUCAGAUUCAGAUUCUUCGUUCCCGAUUAGGGUUGGAGAAGAUCGAACUGUAAGUCUUGUUCGAAUUGUUUCGUUGCCUUGUUCGAAUAGUGAUGGUUUGUUUAAGUUUAGUUAUACUUCUAUGGUUCUGAAAUGCUUGAGUGUGUUGAAGGAUGGGGAGAGGAAUGAACUGGGUUUGAUUUUGGGAGCUGGUAUUGUGAAUAGUGGAAGAGUUUGUAGAAUUUAUGGGUUGUGGGGUAAUUUGGAGGAUGGAUUUCUGUACUUGGUAUGCGAGAGACGAAAUGAGAACUUAGUGGAGAUGAUUAACAAUUGGAUGAAGAAACUUGAUAUCAGAAAUAAGGUUGGCUUGAACGGAGAUGACUUGCUUAGUUUUGCCAUGAUUGGCACUGAAUUAUGUGAAGCAAUCAUAGCUAUGCAUUCUCUGAGGAUAAGUACUGGCUUUCUGAGUCUUUCAUGUUUUAGUUUUGGUGAAUUUGGUAGUGUUUGUGUUGAUAUAAAUGGAGUUCUGACUAUGGGAAGAACUGUUCGGGAGACAGUGAUGGAAGCUGUUUCUUCCGGAUCAAAACUCCAUGCCAAAGAAAUGGAGAUUCUUAUUAGUAAUCUGAUAAAGAAAGAGGCUUUUGUACCCCCAGAGGUUUUACUCAAAUUAUUGCAUAACGAAGACAUUCUGCUUGAAUGUGGCACAACUCUAUGUUCGGUUGGGAACAAGUGUGAUAUUUGGUCUUUGGUUUUGGUUUUGCUGAGUUUUCUUCUUGGAAAGGACUGCUUUGAAGAGACAUUGGAAGGUCUUGAAGAAAGUCAUUCUGAUUGCUCUGCCUUUUAUGGGAUUUGGGUGGAGAAAGUUAGUUCUUGUUUAGAUAUGAAGUUCGGUUCGGGGUAUGCAUCAUUGAAACAGGCACUCUGCAGGUCUUUAGAUUUCGAUCCCAAAAACCGUCCCCGUGUUGUUGAACUGUCGAGAUGCUUUAGGGAACUGAUUGUUAGUUCUGAGUUGGAUGCUUUAGCCAGUAUGAAACUUGUAGUUGAUAAAUAUGGUGCUGAUCAUUGCUUGGUUCUGGGGGAUCUCAUUCGAAUUCCCAACAAAUUGAUAAAAACUCAGAGAGAUGAUAGCGUUACUGGCAAUUUUGUUGAUGGGCUAUCAGUUGGAAUGGUGAAGUCCAGAGACAUGAUGGGCCAUCGUGAUAGCGUUACUGGUUUAGUAGUUGGUGGGGAUUAUCUGUUUAGCUCGUCAUAUGACAAGACUGUCCAAGCAUGGUCUUUGCAAGACUUCUCUUAUGUACACACAUUUAUCGGUCAUGAGCAUCGCAUAACAGAUUUGGUAUAUAUUGAUGAAGAACAACCAUUAUGUAUAAGUGCUGAUAUUGGAGGUGGUAUAUAUGUCUGGAGCAUUUCUCGUCCUCUCAAGGAAGAUCCAUUAAAGAAAUGGUACGAGGAGAAGGAUUGGCGUUACGACGGUAUUCAUGCCUUGGCCUACUCAGGCAAUGGGUACCUUUAUACCGGUGGAGGCGAUAAAUCGGUUAAAGCAUGGUCAUUGAAGGAUGGCACCUUAUCAGGUUCUAUGCAUGGUCAUAAAUCAGUUGUUUCCGCUCUUGUAGCAAGUAAUGGCGUUCUUUACAGUGGAAGUUGGGAUGGAACCGUUCGGUUAUGGAGUCUUGCUGAUCGUAGUCAUUUGGCCGUGCUUGGGGAAGAAUCAUCUGGAAGUUUAGGUUCUGUCCUACGUCUUGCUGCUAACACGGACAUACUUGUUGCUACUCAUGAAAAUGGAUCCAUAAAGGUUUGGAGGAACGAUGUAUUCAUGAAAACCAUGAAAUUGCAUGAUGGUGCCAUUUUUGCCACCAGCAUGUUGGGGAAGCAACUCGUCACGGGGGGUCGAGAUAAAGUUGUAAAUGUACAGGAGUUAUUUGGCAAUGAGCUCGAGAUUGACUGUAGACAUCUUGGAUCUAUCCCUUCAAAUUCUACAAUAACAGCAUUAUUGUGUUGGCAAGACAAACUUUAUGUUGGAUAUGCAGAUCGGUAUAUUAAGGUGUAUUACCAUGGAAAAUGAUACCUAUUUCAAUGGGUCUGCUGAGCAAAUUUCCAUUGGAGAAAAUAAUAUAUUCUAAUGUAUAUAGAAUAGCACUUCAAAGUGAGCUUUCAUAAGUUUCAUGUUGGAAUUACUUUUAAUUUCUAAAAAUAUAUUCCUCCAGCCCAUUAAAUUCUGGUUCAAUUUUACUUGAGGUUAAAUACCAAUCUUGGUCCAUGUAAGUAUUUUGAAACUUGUUCAAUUUUAAUCAUUGUAUUUUAAAUAAA